CGGGCAUUUCGGGGCCAUUGUCACACAUUCGACAUCAAGAUGCGUUUCUAUCUGCUCUUCUUUCUGGCCCUGAGCUGCUGCCUGCUGAGCCUGGCCAGGGCUGGAGUGCGUCUGGAGCCGGACUCCGUGGGGCACCAGCGCAACUCCACUGGACCACCACCGCCCCGGGGGGCUCCUCCGCCACGUCCAAGCACCACCGCCGCCAGCUCCACCGGCUAGGUGGCUCUUUCCGGCUAUGUCCCGGAGCCGACCCGCUGACGAACCUGAAUCUGAUUCCCGAAACCGUUCUUUUUUCAUAUUAACCCCAGAGUAGUUUAAUAAAGCACAGUUUCUCAGCAA